ACUAUCAACCUGAGCCGGCCCCAACUAUCAACCUGAGCCGGUCGCUAAGACUAGAAAGCAGUGGGUGGAAGACCGGAGUGGUCCAUGUUGUCUAAUGUUGUUAGGUGUAAAGGGUCAAAGUGAGACAAGGCACAAGUAAUACUCCUGGAGAACUGGAGGGAAGGUUCAUUCCUGGAUGUUGUGGCAAUAUUCUGUCAGAUGGCAACAAUUUAGUUAUUGAAGAAUGUAGCAAAUGGUUCACUUUGUUUUUGGACAACAUCUCUUGAUGGGCUUGUAGACGGUGAAUUAAUAAGUCGAUCAGCAGUGGAGCAUAGAAGUUUACCUUUGUUGAUAUUUUUCAUUUCAGAUUUUAGAGAAAAAAAGACUAAUUUCUUUAUUGUAGUUAUUGAGACCAUUGUUGUGUGUGGGUCCAGAAACUUGCGAAAAUAGCAAAUGUAGUUUCUAGCAGUCUGUUUGGUUGUCAAAAUUAAUAUUAAAUUGAGAUAAUUACACAAUUGUAGUCAGUGGACAGAGAGUGGUGACAGCAAAGUAUUCAAAAGACACAGAUUCCCAACUGAGGAUCUUGUGCAGAACUUCAACUCAAAGAUACAAAAUGUCAUCGAUUGUAUGACACCUGUUAAAUAUUUAAAACAGAAUAAUAAAAAGCCUACUGGAGAAAUGGAGCGGUUGUAAGGCAGCUUAAGAGAGAGUGGCGUCCUGGCAGAAUAGAAGCGGAGAAAGAAACUUCAGGUUCAACAUUUCUUUGCACCUAUAUUAAUAAGACAGUAGCUAUUCCACGGCCUCUCUUGUCACAUCUAGCAGUUUGGAUGAACUUAAAGCUCUUAAAUAGUGUUUCUAUCCAGCCAGGUCUCAGUCAGGGGUGGGGCUAGGGUGAAGUCCAGGUUAUGGCUAUACGGUCAUUAACUAAAAAUGACUUAUUCGUUAGCGACCUGACAUUUAGUGAAGACAUUUUCUUAUUGUUCGAGGUCUGCUGUAGCCCGUAAGAGUUUAAAUCAUUGGCACAUACAAUGUAGAUGAUCAGAUGUUGAUGGAGAUGGGAUUUGAUUUUGGAGUUCGGUGUGCUCUUAUUCUGCUUCUAUUUCCAUUGUAUAUUCUUUACAGAAUGUCUAGUCAGAGAACUUACUUUGUUUGUUGCCCUCAUUUUUGAUUCAGGGAGUACAGGUCCUGAUGAGCAGUGCGGUGCAGCCUCUCCUGCAGUCAGUGAGUGACUCCAUAGAGGCCAUCAUCAUCACGCUACACCAAGAAGACUUUUCAGGGGCUCUGUCCUGCCCUGAUAAGCCAGAUGUUCCGUGCUCACUCUACAUGAAGGAGUUGCAGGGCUUCAUCUCUAGAGUGAUGGCUGACUACUUCAGACAUUUCCAGUGUGUGGACUUCAUCUAUGAGAGCACAGAGUCCCUCGCUCAGAGGGCCAUCGAGCUGUUCAUCCGCCACACCAGCCUGCUGCGCCCGCUGGGAGAGGGUGGCAAGAUGAGGCUGGCUGCUGACUUUGCACAGAUGGAGUUGGCAGUGGCUCCUCUGUGCAGGAGAGUGUCUGAUUUGGGGAAACCUUACAGGAUGCUGCGCUCAUUCAGGUGUGAACACUUGUGUAUCAUUAAGACCAACACUCAUCACAAUCAUUUGUCUGUGAUUUAGUUGAUUUUUAUCGACAUGUUUAGUAGCGAUGUGGCCUUUUCAACAGGAGCCAGUUGGUAUUUAAGGCUCAGUUCAACAAAGUAAACCACAUUCUCAUUAGAGCAGAGAAACAGGUUUAUCUGCUUUGUGUCAAAGCUCAACAAAUAAGCACGGAUCAAUUACGUAAACCCAGCUUUACAUUCAAACUCAUUGCUCACUUACUUCUAGAGCAGGGGUCACCAACCUGUCAAUCACAAUCAACUGGUCAAUCUUAAAGUCACUUAUCAAAUCUAUCACUACAUUCAUGUCAUAUUGGGUUUCAGAUUUCCCCUCCCCCUUUCCUUUAAGCCUGACUGUGUCA